AUGAAGUCGAAUGAAACCAUAAGUGAAAUGUAUAAUAGAUUUGUAGAGGUUCUAGGAGGAAUUAAAUCUCUUGGGAAGACAUUCACAAAUGAGGAGCUAGUAAAGAAGAUUUUAAGAAGUCUUCCUAAGGAGUGGCCACCCAAAGUAACUUCACUUAAGGAUUCUAAGGACUUGAGCAAGGUACAACUUGAUGAGCUCUUAGGAAAUCUCAUUGACUAUGAGAUUACCCUCAAAAGAGAGCAAGUGGAGGAACCUAACAAAGCCAAAAAGACCAUUACUUUCAAAGUAUCUUCUGAAAACUUAAGUGAUGAAGAUGAUGAAUUUGAUGAGGAAGAAUUGGCUCUAAUGACAAGGAGAAUAAGGAAGAUGCUCUUCCAAAAUAAGAAGUUCAUCCCAAAGAGGAACUUUAAGAAGGACAAGGGAGAAAGUAGAAAGAGGGAUCCUCCCAUAUGCUUUGAAUGCAACAAGCCGGGUCACAUUAGAACGGAUUGUCCCAAAUUGAAGAAGCCUUUCAAAAAGUUCAAGAGGAAGGCACUUAAAGCAACAUGGGAUGAAUCAAGUGACUCCGAAGAUGAGGAGAUUGGUGAUCAAGUUGCCCAAAUAUGCUUCAUGGCAAUGGAGGAAAGCUCCAAUGAGGUAACUUUAAGUGAUGAUGUUGUUGAAUUUUCUUAUGAUGAACUAUUUAAUGCUCUUAAAGUUAUGAAUGAUGAACUAGAAUUAAGUCAUAAGAGAAAUAAACUUUUUAAAAGUGAGCUUGCUAGUUUAAGGAAGGAGAAUGAGACCUCAUCUGAGGUUGAUAGACCUUUGGAUAGAAAGGACAAACUUGAUGCAAUUUUGGACUCUCAAAGGUCUCCUAGCAUCAAGUAUGGACUUGGCUAUAGUAAAUUUACCCAAGCACCUCCUUCCAAGACCAUCUUUGUUAAAGCAUCCAGUUCUAAUAUGCCUAGUCCCCAAGUGCCUAGUCCAAAGGUGUCCAAUCUUAAAGGACAAGAGCCAAAGAAAUCUUGUGGUAAUGAAACUAGAAAGACCUCAUUUCAUCAACAUGCUCUUAGACAAAAUGUGUGCUUGAAAUCCUCAAAGCUUGAAAGCAAGUGGUACUUGGAUAGUGGACGUUCAAGACACGUGAUUGAAAAUGCCAAUCUCUUCCUUUCACUUGAAAAGAAAGAUGGAGGUGGGCAGGUGACUUUUGGUGAUAAUGGUAAAGGUAAAAUUAUGGGAAUAUGUAAGGUUGGUAAGGAAAACUCCCCUAUUCUUGACAACGUGCUUUGA